CACUAAUUGCCCAUUUGUUUGUUUUACCGAAAUCGAGGUUUUUUAGGAAGUUCAAGAGCCGCAGGAUGUCGGAGGUCCGCAUUCGGCCGCGCCAGGUCCUCAUCCUGAUCAUCGUCUUCCUGGUGGUGCUGAUGAUGGUCCACCGUAACGGCAAGCGCACCUGCCAGGGCCCGGAGUACCUGCAGGCCAUGUUCGUCCAGGCGGACACGUUACCCACGAUCUACGCCGUCACGCCCACAUACCCGCGUCCCGCCCAAAAGGCGGAGCUGACCAGACUAUCACACCUUUUCAUGCUGAUGCCGCACCUGCACUGGAUCAUUGUGGAGGACACGAAUGCCACCACGCCGCUGGUCACGAACCUGCUGGAGCGGGCGGGCCUGGAGAAGCGCUCCACGCAGCUGAACAUCAAGACGCCGCCGGAGUUCAAGCUGCAGGGCAAGGACCCCAACUGGAUAAAGCCACGCGGCGUGGAGCAGCGCAAUCUGGCUUUGGCCUGGCUGAGGAAUCACGUGGACGUCGACCGGCACUCGAUUGUGUUCUUCAUGGACGACGACAACUCCUAUUCCACCGAACUGUUCGAGGAGAUGGGCAAGAUCGAGCGGGGUCGCGUGGGCGUCUGGCCGGUGGGCCUCGUUGGCGGCUUGAUGGUGGAGCGGCCGCUGCUCAGCGAGGAUGGCAGCAAGGUGACCGGCUUCAAUGCCGCCUGGCGACCCGAGAGACCCUUCCCCAUCGACAUGGCCGCCUUUGCCAUCAGCAUGGACCUGUUCAUCCGCAAUCCGCAGGCCCAGUUCUCGUACGAGGUGCAGCGGGGCUACCAGGAGAGCGAGAUCCUGCGUCAUCUGACCACCAGGGAUCAGCUGCAGCCGCUGGCCAACAACUGCCGGGACGUCCUCGUCUGGCACACGCGCACCGAGAAGACCAAGCUGAACGCCGAGGAGGCGCUCCUCAAGAAGGGCCAGAGAUCCGACGGCGGCAUGGAGGUUUAACCCCCGGGAAACCACUGUAUAUAUGCUGUCAUCCUAGUGAAUUUAUUUAAUGUGUUCGUCCCGAGAAACCGUCACUCCUUACAGAGGUUUAGUUUUCCUCAUAGCAUAGUUUAAAGAAAUAUCUUUUCAAUAUCUUAUCUUAUCUUAACUUUUUCCCCAAAAUAUUCCUAUUUUAUGUUACCCUAUUACUUUGUAAAAACCCGGUGAAGGCAGCUCAAUUAUGUUAGGCUAAAUACUUUAAUUAGUGCAAUCUAAACAUAGAUCUUAAUAUUCUGAAAGCCACAGAUUGCACACGGAAGAAAAUGUAUUUGAGUGGAGAAGUUAAUCAAAUAUAUUGACCAAGCACAAGAGAUUAGAAACCAAAGGAGAUUUUUGUGACACCCCCGAGUAUUAGCGCAAGUUUCAAUUACGAAACACUACUAGUUGUACAAUGCUCAAAUCAAAGUUGUAACGAUAGUCCCUAGUCUAUCUGCAAUGCCCGAUAUCUGUUGUGGUUUAUUAUUUUACCUCGAAAGUCAUUAAACGAAUUGCCGCUUUACAUUUUAUUUAAACUAUAAGUACGCCUUAAUUUACCCCACUUAAUUGUAUAUUAAUCCACUAGAAAUUGUAAAAUAUCCGCAGAAUGUAAGCUUCCCCUGUGUGCCUCCCGUUCAACGCCAAUAAAAUUGAUACCGAUAACGAUUCACAGACAACAA